AGUUACGGCACGGAACGGAAUGUCUGCGUAUUGACAAGUUUAACACAGCAAACUAUCCUUCAACGUGGACGCUUUUAACAGAUUCUCAAGGGAAAGUCAUAGUGUUAUUUUAAACGAAAGCUACUUUUUAAAACGCAAAAUAGUUGUUAGAUUAAAUCAAAUUAAAUUAUUGAACAAAUAUCUUGAAGAUGGAAUUUAUAAUAGUUAAAACUAAUAUUGAUUUCACGUUUAUUUGAAUCUAAAUACUAAUAUAAGAUUUAAACUAAAAUAAAAUUUGACAACUUUAUUGAAACGCCAUGCACCGACAGCGGUAAAGAUUCGUUAUCGGUUAUUGAAAUUUUCUCAGAACAAUAAGUGAAUGAUUUGUAAAUAGCAUACGGUAUUCCACAAUCAAAUACCAUGGAAAACAAUACCAUAUAUAUCGUAGAGGAACUAAACAGGAAUCUUACCAUGGUGGUGUUACCUGUAACUAUUUUUAUCGGCAUUGAAGCAUUCAUUGGACUUUUCGGGAAUAUUUUGAUAUUAUUGAUUUAUACUAAGAGAUAUGAGCGGAGUAACUUCCGGUACUUUGUUUUAUCAAUGGCGGUUAUUGACCUUACGAGCUGUUUGACCACACUUCCGGGUGAAAUAUUUUCACAAAUGAAUUGGUACACGUAUAAAUAUGAUUGGAUUUGCAGAGUAAAGUCGUACAUCAAUGUGCAAACAGCAUGGGGCUCGGCGUCUAUACUACUCCUGCUAGCUUUUGACAGAUACCGGAAGAUAUGCAAACCUCUAGCAUGGCAAAUACAACCAUCCUUUGCUUUGAAGUUGUGUAUAUGUUCAAUUAUAUUAGCUUCUAUGGUGGCUAUACCUAUAUCGAUACUUUGGGGAAAACAGACAUAUAUUUAUCAACAUAAUGGGUUGAAUUUAACUGUUUCAAUAUGCGAGAAAUCAGGGGAAUAUGCAAAUGAUAUUUACCCGUUUGUGUACAUUUGUUGUGUCUACAUUUUACCGGUUGGUCUUAUCUUGUUUGUCGUCUGCUCUUUGAACAUAAUAACUGCCCGGAAGUUGUUUGGUAAGAAAAGUUUAAGUCUCGCUUUACCCGUGACGAAUGGUAUAUCUUCUGUGUAUACGUCAGAUGCUUCUCUCACCACUGUAGCAACAGAUACAGACAUCGAAUCUGUCAAUACGGAACCGUUGACGAUAACGCGUCAUCUAGAGAAUGGUGAAGAAAACGGAACGCAUAAUUUAACCAAUCUUGAAGAAAAUAAUUCAUCUCCUGAUUGUGAAGCUGGAAAGGAAGACGCUAAUGAUUAUGAAGACCGCCGGUCUGAAUCAAAGACAAAUGUACACACCAGGGUUUCGUUCAUAUCAAAUCGCAACAAACGUGGUGGCUCUUGCAGUGGACAGUCUUCUAACCGAGAUAUAGAUUUUCAUUUCGACAUUGAUAUCAGAAGUCAUUUUGUAAAAGAUGAUGUUAAAAAGGACAGAAAUACAGCAGAAGUAAGUACCCGACCGAUUAAGGUUCAUGACAAUUCAUUCUCUAACAUUAACAAACAUGUUGAUCAUCGGCGGCAAAAAUCAGGUCACCAUAGAGUAUCUGACUUCCGGCGGAAACAGAAAACAGUAAUAAUGCUAGUUCUGACAAUUGUGUUCGUCAUCACGAUGCUGCUGUACGUCAUUCUCAUCAGCUUUGUGGCGGGAACAGAGGGUAUUCUUAAAACGCUGUCUAAUCCACAGAAGGUAGUCUUCUUCUUUUUCUGGAGGCUAUACUUUAUUAAUACGGUUAUAAACCCCAUCCUAUAUGGAAUUCUAGAUCCGAGGUUUCGUACAGGUAUGAGAGCUAUCUUUAAAGGAAAACAAAUACCAAAUAGAAACGAUUCAAAGAACCACUCUCAAUCGUCGAGUAAACGGAAGAAAUUAGUUUUUACACUCGGAUAAAAACUUUUAUAACAGUAAUUAGAAUAAUAGUUAACAAGACAGGAACUGUUUUGAACUUUAUGACAUCAUAACUUUAUUAAAUUUGUAAAAGUAAAGUGUCAGAGGAGUUUUAAACAAUAAAAUAUCCAUGAUGACGUCAGCGGUCCAACAAAAAAAAAACAGACGUACCAUCUUACAACAUUACAAAACAUACAUUAUACAAUUUGACUGCUAAAAAAUUACAGAAAUUUGCUUGUUUAAGCAAUAUGAUUUCAUUCUCAAUAGAAGUGAAGUCUUAUAAUGUAUAAAGUUUGACUUAACGCGUGAAAUAGCGCAUAGUAUUCGGGCCUCAUAGCAUUGCAAUAAUCUCCCAGUUGAAUGGAGGGGGUUACCUAGCACCACCAUAGUUCUUUAAGAGGUCAUUACGUAACUUUCCAGCUUACUGUCAGAUGCCCUUCCGAGUAGAAUCGCUGACAAAAGCUAACUGGAUCUGAGGACAUUUGAGUUGGGGAGGAAGUUUGUGAGAUGAACAACCACAUCAAGUUCAAAAAGCUUUGUCAUGUGAAUGAAACUUAUAUAGAUAUAUAUAUUUUUUUUUUUUUCUAAAUCAUUCAUAAUGAAAUUAUUUGCUUUAUGUUAUUCAUAAACUAGUUAGCUGACCAACUAGUUUAUAUUGAGUACAAGUUUAUCGGUUAUAACAACCGUGCAAUACAAGACAUGUUAGGUUAUUUACACAAACCCCAUUAAAGGUCUCAAAACACCUCAAAUGUGGUAAUAUCUCACAAUUUUAUUAAGAAUGUGUACAAAUAUAGAUAAACGUCAGAAAAGCAAAUAUUUAUAUUUGAGCAAAUAAGAAAACAAAAGAUUUUUUUUAAAUAGAUUCAUUACUAUAAAUAGCAAAUGUUUGUUUUUUUUAGACAUGGAUUAAACCGUGUGUUUUGUUUAAUUAUGAUUUUCUUGAUAAUCAGGGUGAAAUAGAUCAAAGUGUUAUUUUAAAUAAACUUAAUAGAUAGACGCAACUGCGUCGUUGAAUUAAACUUUCUCAUUUUAAGUCUUUCUCUUUUUUAGUUAUACCGCCAGCCCGGAAAUGUUCUAUGAAAACUCUUCACUCAUGAAAAAAGAACUUUAAAACAGAAAAACUUCAGAAGAUAAAUGGUACACGUGUUGAAUUUAUGGUCUCAAGAACUAUACAUCAAAUCUAAGCAAAUGAAGUAUUUAAAUAAACCCACUUCACAUUAGUGUCGGUCAAAUAAAUAAGAGGGAAAUCUAAAAUGGAAUAUAUAUAUAAAUUCAUAAAAAAAAUCCUAGUGGAGUUAAGAAACGCAAAACUGUUAUACAUUUUAAUACUACAAGUGUACAACGUUUACUCUGGUCAAAACCAAAUUCCAACUCUAAACUGAGCUUUCAGACCACUUUAUAUCAUGACACCUAGCCACAUAAAAUGUCAACAUCAUAAAUAUAUAUAUUAAUUCAUCAUAAUUGAUAUACAUGCACGCGUUUGGAGUUAUAUAACAUAACAUAAUAUUUAUUCAGCAUUAAAUGUUACAACAUUUACAGCCAUUUCAAUAUAUAAUAUAAUACAAACAUAAUAUAAGGGUAAGUACAUGGUUAACAGAGAAUUAUACAAAUGAUUUAUACAAAUUAAUCUUAAAUUAUUAUUUUUAGCAGAGUGAACAUAAUUGAUUUUUUAAAGUAUUUCCUUAACAAUAUGUCUCAUCAUUAUUAUCAUUUAUCUGUUGUGUUAUUUCUAUAGUAAACUAUAUUACAAAGAAUACUUUUCUCUUGUUACGCGCAAGUUUUGUGUUCAUUGAAUACAUAUUUAUGUAUAUAUGUAGAACUGUUAUUAAUCAUUAAUGACAUAUUUUAACCACCCAGUGCAAUUUGCAUCUAUAUUGUCAAAUCAUUGUCAUGUUUGAAGUCCACAUUACAAAUAAAUGAAUAUGGUAAAAUUGUGCUCGUCAUUCCUUUGAUUUUAUAUAAAAUACAUGUAUGUCUGACUAUUUAACCUUUAGAUUGAGCAAUGCAACACAAUCGAUAUAAACAUUUCAAAUUUGUAGUAAUUAACAUGAAAUGCACUAUCAAUGAAAUUCAAAGAAAGGUUAUAAAACUACAUGUAUAUAUCUUGAUUUUCAGUUACAAAAAAUCACACACAAAAAUAUUUUAAUAUAAAUAAGAUUUUAUGAACACAUAAAAUAAUUUAUGUCGUUGGCCCCCUUUUUUCUUUUGAUUACAAAUUUUUCCUAUUACUGAAUUGUUACGAUCAACAUCAGCUCUUUCCCUGAUCUGGACAAUACAUAAAUAUCAUACUCACAAUUAUAGGAUUUUGUAUUUAUAAAGCCUACUUUUUGUAGUAAUGAUUGGUCAUAUGAAUUUGACAUAUUAAAACCUUUUAAAGCAGAAUUUGAGAUAAUGUAUCAAUACAAGAAGAUAAAAGUAAAAUAAUUUGACAAAAUAUUUAAAUACUCAAAAGAUAAGUAUUUUUGUUGAUGUUGUUGUAUGUACAAACUCUUUUAAAUUAUAUUUAUGGAAAACUUGUCUGUAGAAAGAACAAGUUUGAAUUUCAGAAGAUUUGUAAGUGUAAUAAAAUACUGGCUAAAAAUUAUACAACUUGAAGAUGUAAAAUAUGUAAAAAUAGUUUAUGACUUACUGUAUAUGAUCUAACAAAAACACGGGUUAGAAGUACUAGAGAUUUAUUACAGUCGAUUGGUUUGAAUUAUGUAUGGUUAUCUCAAGGUGUAGGUAAUGUAGUUUAGUAAAACCAAGAGUAAAUCAUGUUUUUUUGUCCAAAUUGGUUUUAAGAAUUAAAUGACUCAACUAGAGCUCGUUCUUAUGUAUUGUUAGCAGAUUUUUAGAUUUCAAUACUACUUAAUUUUAGAAGUGCACUUCCCAGGCUUAGAGUUUCGUUACACAGAGACUUGAGAUUGAAACUGACAGGUGGAAUUAACCUAGUGUUGCACCUUUUGAUGAUAGGAAAUGUAAAAAUUGUUUUAUUUUAGAAGAUGCAUCUUAAAAGUUUGUACCAUACGAUGUAACAUUGUUAAUUAUAUAUAUUUAUUUUUGUUUUAUGUUUUACAUCCUUAUUGAUAGGGUAUUAAGUAUUAAUUUACUAGUAAUAUCACGUGUGAUAGUAGAUUCUAUUAUAAGAUAACGUUUUCUUAUUACUAAAAAUACUGUGUAACUUAAUGAAAUAUGUUUUAUAAAGUACUAACAUGUUUAUAUGCUAUUUUUUAUACGUAC